AUUGGUUCUCAGCCAUAUCCGGUGGGGCAGCGGUCCAAGGCUCAGGGAAAAAAAAAUCGAAGCGAGCUGGAAGAUCUGUUAACGGUGUGCUCUCUGAAAUAUAUCGUACAUCCCGAGUCUUUAUCGAAAGGCUCGGUGGGAUUUUACAGUUUUUCUCUAAGGUCAGGGGUCAUAGAGCAGGGUUGCGGCUGUCGCCAUGGCAUCUGGAAGCACGAGCAGCGAGGAGGAGCGGAGCCUCAGGGAGUGUGAGCAGUACGUGCAGAAACACAACAUCCAGCAGCUGCUGAAGGACUGCAUUGUCCAGCUGUGCACCUCAAGGCCGGACAGACCCAUGGCCUUCCUCAGGGAGUACUUUGAGAGGCUGGAAAAGGAGGAGGCCAAGCAGAUUCAGAAUCAGCAGAAGGCCAGCAGCUCCCGUUCAGACUCGCGUGACGAGGAAGUGUCUCCACCCAUGAACCCUGUGGUGAAGGGUCGCCGGCGGAGAGGCGCCUUCAGCGCAGAGGUUUACACGGAGGAGGACGCAGCCUCAUACGUCAGAAAGGUCAUUCCAAAGGACUACAAAACAAUGGCCGCUUUGGCUAAAGCCAUUGAAAAGAACGUGCUCUUCUCGCACCUCGAUGACAACGAAAGGAGUGACAUAUUUGAUGCAAUGUUUCCAGUCACCUACAUUGCUGGGGAAACAGUUAUUCAGCAAGGUGAUGAAGGGGACAACUUCUACGUCAUCGACCAGGGAGAGAUGGAUGUGUACGUGAACAAUGAGUGGGUGACGAGCAUCGGAGAGGGAGGCAGCUUCGGAGAACUGGCCCUGAUCUACGGCACCCCGAGAGCGGCUACGGUCAGAGCCAAGACCAACGUGAAGCUGUGGGGCAUUGACAGAGACAGCUACAGGAGAAUACUCAUGGGAAGCACUUUGAGAAAGAGGAAAAUGUACGAGGAGUUCCUCAGGAAAGUGUCCAUUCUAGAGUCUCUUGACAAAUGGGAGCGUUUGACGGUGGCCGACGCCUUGGAGCCCGUUCAGUUUGAGGAUGGACAGAAGAUCGUUGUGCAGGGCGAGCCUGGAGAUGAGUUCUUCAUCAUUUUAGAGGGUUCAGCUGCUGUUUUGCAGCGUCGCUCCGAGAACGAGGAAUUUGUUGAAGUGGGAAGAUUAGGACCAUCUGACUACUUUGGUGAGAUCGCCCUGCUGAUGAACCGCCCCCGUGCCGCCACGGUGGUCGCCCGCGGCCCCCUGAAGUGCGUCAAGCUGGACCGGCCCCGUUUUGAGCGCGUCCUGGGCCCCUGCUCGGACAUUCUCAAACGCAACAUCCAGCAGUACAACAGCUUCGUGUCGCUGUCCGUCUGAGGGAGGAGCGUCCCUCCAGAUCUUCUUCUCUGCCCAAGCCUCCACUUCCUCACCUCCUUCUCUUCUUUCAGACCCAGGGUCCACAAAUGCAAUUUGCUUUUUGUUGUCACUUUGCUCUCAUUUCUUUUUUUGGCUUUUGAUUUCUCUCUUUAGUUUGACUCAAACGAAUCGUUUAGCUGUUACCACGCGUCACGCUGUGGUGACUUUCAGCCAUUCACCAGCGCUUGUACCAGCGGCUGUACGCUACCUUGUAGACACAGUUACACACCAUGUUACUUAUCUUUCAUAUAUAUACAUAUAAAUAUAUAUAUAUAUACAUAUAUAUUUGCUGGUUACACUUUUCUUUUUUGAUUUCAAUUUAAAGCAGGAGAUCUGGAAGACUUUAGGGUCUCAGACUGAUGAGACAAUCAGACCUUACACGGCGCUUUUAACGUUUGGUUGUUUUUCUUCUCAGAUGAGGUGAAGGCUGAUUCUUCCCUCUUUAGGUCAUGUCAGUUUAAGGUACACAGCAGCAAGGCAGAAAUAUGACCGCAUCCAACUGUCUUUCAGCGUUUAAAACCUUUCUUUUUGGAGUCAGCUGUAAUCUGAGGCUCCAUUUUGUUUUAUUGUUUUUUUUUUUUUUUGUUACCUUUUGAUGGGGAUAAUGUAGACAGUGACGUGUCUGUUUUGCUUAGUUUGGAAGAGUUUGUACAACUUAAAGGUUUUUAUUGUGCAGCUACCAGGCUAGUGCCAAAUGUUGAUUAUUGUCACAGCGCAGAGAUGCAUAGCGGUGGAAAUGUUCCCUGGAGCUCCGACAGGAAAUGGCUACUACCCUUAGAGUCGUCCUUAUUGACUGAACAACCACACGAGAACUGCCUUUAAUACUCGAAGGAGACACAAAAUCCAAGAAUAGAAAGUGAAGUAAAGGAGUAUUACGUGAGUUUCAGUAUUCAGUUUUAGAAAAUACCAAAUAACUUGGUCACUCUUCUGCUAUUGUUUAUAAUCAAAAUGUUAUUAUAGUAGAGUUAAAAUAGUUCUAUUAUUAUCAUUGACAAAAAAUGAUAAAUCUUAUGGUUUGGAGUGAAAUAUGUUUAACUGUCUUUUGUAAACACUUAUUUUUCCAUAAAUUCUAUUUUAGGUGUUUGGUGCCACAAAGUAAUACAUAAAUAAAUGAUUCUUCUUGUCGACUGACAUCAACAGUAUGUACUCGUAUCGUGUAAAACGUCAUGGGAAUACUUUUUAAACAUAAAUGGAAAGACGAGUCGCGGGCUUGUAUUUAGCGACGAUAGCUGAAGGGCAGAGGGAGCAGGCGUCGACUCAAACCUAGUGUCAUUGCUUCUUAUUGCCUGUUUGGAAAAAAAAGGUCCUUUUCACCAGAGCGACUGGCGACCUGUUCUCUUCGCUUACCUGGCAUGAUGUUUUAAGGCAUCCGGUGAUCCGGUCUCAACCGAAGGAUGUAUUUAAAGAAAAGAAAAAAAAAAAAAAAGCUUGAUGCAGAAGCAGGAACUUUGUCAGAUAUUUUGUUUCGUUAUUCCCCUCGCUUAACUGCUUCACCACUAUUUAGAUGGCAUACAAUGUUUUUGUAAAAUCUCUAUCAAAUGAGAUGAGGUUGACCCCCAACUCCUCAUUCCUGCUUCCCCCCCGAAUCCGCCGCCGCCUCUCUGUUUUACGCUUCAUUUAGAGCAGCCGUAUGCGCUUCAGUUUGAGACGUAUGUUUGCUUUUUGGUACUGACUGCCGGGCGCUCAGCUCGGCGACAGGAACUUUUGGACUUAAACCGAUCAUCUGUUCGCCCCGGCCGUUCUCCUCGGAUGUGGUUAUUCCCGGGUGUGUGUCCACUGAUAACACAUCCUGUUUAUCCUCCGUCAGGGUCGAGCGACUCACCUUUUGUCAGAACAUCGUUUUCAUGUAAAUAGCUGCAUCGAAGGUUUUAGUUGGAAAGGUUUUUAGCCACACUGCAAUCGUCCCGGUUUGCCUUAGCUUACCUAACCUGGGCUUACAGUAGUCGUCCGUCACUCCUGCUAGCCCGACCUUCAGAGAGCUUGAUCGGUGUGCAGCACGAGGAGCUGCUGGCCAUCAGAGGACCAUUCUUUUUCUAUUCUAACCUGUAUUUAGUUUGACCUCCUGUAUGUGCAAAGAUGUUUAUCCUUUUGGUAUAGAUUGUUCCAGAUGGCAGUUUAAGCAAUAAAAAAGGAAAAAGUAA